AUGUGUACCUAUGAAACCGUACACAUAAUACGGUAUUCUGAAUUUAUACCUGUUUCCGAUAUUUCAUUCGGUCUCCUCUUAAAUGAGGGUCAGCAGCCAUCAGAAGAUGAAAAUACACCGCAAAAACGAGUAGAUAAAAUAUUCGACCAGAUGGAUAGAAACCACGACGAUCGAUUAACCCUUGAAGAAUUCAGAGAGGGUAGCAAGGCAGAUCCCAGAAUAGUCCAGGCGCUCACUUUAGGAGGCGAAUAG